AUGCAUUAUGAAGAAGGAACAAAUAAUCGUGAAUUACUAUUAUGGAUUGUAGGUUUAAUAAUAGUUGAGCCAUAUUUAAUGUUAUACAGUCAAAAUAAAUUUGAUCAUGAAAUUCAAAUAUCAACGUUUGAAUUAAUAAAUAGUCUUAUAUCACUUGUACAUGAUAAAUCAAU